GAGUUGAUUUAAAUGGGCUGCGUAGAAUCCACAACCUUCAUCCCGUAGUAUUUCUACCCGUACAAUUUUGAAAACGCAGUGAAAGUAGCGGCAUCAAAAUAAGGGUUUCAGUUUCGGUGGGAUUUGCAGGAAGAAGAGCACAAAUGGAUAACAGUGCUUCGGAGCAGACAGUGCAAGAUGGCAAACACUACAGGCACCUCAAUUCCCUCAUCGUCGCUCAUCUUCGCGACAACAAUCUCACUCAGGCUGCGAGUGCGGUUGCUACCGCAACUAUGACACCUCUGAAUGUGGAAGCCCCACCAAACAGGCUUCUCGACUUGCUUGCUAAGGGGCUUUCUGCUGAGAAAGAAGACAUCAGAAGAGGCACUUCGUCUUCACCCUUCCACAAUUUUGCAACGUCGCUGCCCCUUCCUCACACAAAAGCCGUUGAUUUCAGCUCUGUGCCAGAUAUGAAAGGUUCCUCAAAGAGCUUCCCGAAGCAUGAAACACGACACCUUUCAGAACACAAGAAUAUUGCCAGAUGUGCUAGAUUUAGUGCUGAUGGAAGGUUUGUUGCCACCGGAAGUGCAGAUACAUCAAUAAAACUAUUUGAGGUUUCGAAGAUCAAGCAGAUGUUGCUCCCAGAUGCAAAGGAUGGUCCUGUGCGGCCUGUCAUACGAACAUAUUAUGAUCAUAUACAACCAAUAAAUGAUUUGGAUUUUCAUCCACAAGGUACUAUCCUGAUUUCUGGAUCCAAAGAUCAAACAAUAAAGUUUUUUGAUAUUUCAAAAUCCAGUGCAAAGAGGGCAUACAGGGUUAUUCAGGACACACACAAUGUUCGAUCCGUAUCUUUUCAUCCCUCUGGGGACUUUCUGCUGGCAGGAACUGAUCAUGCAAUUCCACAUUUGUAUGAUAUAAAUACCUUUCAGUGUUAUCUGUCAGCAAAUACCCCAGAGGUUGGCCCUAAUGGAGCCAUAAACCAGGUCAGAUAUUCUUGUACGGGUGCUAUGUAUGUUACAGUAUCUAAAGAUGGUGCUAUUCGAUUGUGGGAUGGCAUCACUGCCAAUUGUGUGCGCUCAAUAACUGGAGCACAUGGAACAGCGGAGGCUACCAGUGCAAUUUUUACAAAAGAUGAAAGGUUUGUUCUCUCCUGUGGGAAGGAUUCUGCCAUAAAGCUUUGGGAAGUCAGCUCUGGAAGAUUAGUCAAACAAUAUGUCGGAGCCAUCCACACACAGAUGAGAUGCCAGGCUAUAUUUAAUGAGACACAAGAAUUUAUUCUAUUCAUAGAUGAAUUGAGCAAUGAGAUCGUUAUCUGGGACGCAAUGACAACAGAAAAAGUAGCAAAAUGGCCUUCUAAUCAUGUUGGUGCUCCCCGCUGGCUUGAACACUCACCAACAGAGUCUGCUUUUAUUUCCUGUGGAACUGAUAGGUCAAUUCGGUUCUGGAAAGGAACUGUAUAGUAAAGUGGAAGGAGGUUGAAUGCAUAUACAGGCCUUAAUUAAAGAGAUGGUUGAUUGAAAAUUAACUGUGAAAUUUCCCUUUAUUUUUUUUUCAAUUUCUGUCAAUAGGUAUACCCUGCAGGAUCAGUUAAUGCAUUCAGCGCUUGGAGUUGGAACAUUUUCUGUCUCUGCUGAUAUGAUGUGCUCAAUCUUUCAAGAAAUUCUUAAUAACUAUUUCUGUUUCAUAUUCCCUGUUGACAUCUAGGUAAUUUAAAGAUGGUUUUGGAU